AUGCAAUUUUCUCAAAGCGAGAGGGCCAAGGUUUCGAUAAUGGAGAACGAACCACCGUCUAUAGCCAGCGGAUCUUCUGAUCAUAGUAGCGGCUCCCUGGAAGCAUCAAUUCUGUCGAUUCCAGAGUCCCGACCUAGACGCAAACAUCAUCAUGUCACCUCGGGCAACGAUUGCCACGCGAACCGAGCAAUGACAGCUGGUUUAACACAGCAUAAACGACAGGACACGAGAUAUCCAGUCGCAAAUAUCCCAUGUUUUCGCCAGCAAACAGCUGCGUUGACCGGAAUACCCCACGGAUGGCCCACAAGACGAACCCGGUAUCUCGGCAAUGUCGCACCAAUGAAAGUUCUCGAAAAGCUGCUUUUCUCGACUCGUUCUUAUCUGCAAAACAGAGCUCCUUUGGACACAUACCCGGCGCCGGUAUCUCCGUCAGAAGACAUUGUAUUGUUUCACGGGCAGCUUGGAAACAUUGAGGCCUGGUAUAGUGACUUCAACCCGGCGUUCAAGCUUCUCGAAGAACGAAAGUUCAGGUCGGCAUUCCGCAUCUUGCAAAAGUGCUUUGAAAAAACAGGCACAAUCGUCAAGUCGCAAAACUCCUUCACCUUUAUCUUCUUAUGCCACCAAGUAAUGCGCUGCAUUUACUAUGACAAAUCGGGGCAUAACCUCUCACGAAUGCUCCUCCGGCAUUUCGCGGGGCUCUGCCAGGCGUUCCUUGGCGCGGACCAUCCCUUGUGUACGAUGACGGAUGCCUUGUCUCGAAUGGACAAUAUCGAGUUCGCAAGCCAUAUCGAGCCUUUGCUCGCCUGCUAUUGCGAAGUGCUGGAGCCCUCCUUGUGGAGGUCUCCGGAGGCUCUUACAGAACUGAUGCAAGGCCGGGGCUUGACUAUCAGCCUGAUGAGUAGCGCAGGUAUGAUUGGCUAUGAGGAGGCUAGACUGCGACUCGAUCAUAUAAUACAGACAGCCAAGGACUGUGGCAUCUCGACCAUGCAACUCAAGAUAGAGCUCGCUUGUCUACUCCGACUGCAUAAUCGUUUCGACGAGGGGCUAACAUUGGCCUUGGAAGCUCGUGAUUCUGAAGAGGCCCGCGUCAGCCCGCAUCAGUAUUGCUACGCUUGUAUCAACGUGAUAGGCCUCUACGCAGCCAUGAAAGACUAUGAUUCGGCAAUCCAAGUCUCGUACGAAUUGGUUGACUUUCUGGAUACACCUCCAGCAAGUGCAACACAUGGUCAGACAUACUCAUCAAUGACAUUUCUAGAAACAAGGGAGAACACUCUAAUGAUGACCUUUGUAUGGCUUGAAAAUUAUUUGCGGAAGUCUAGCCGUGUGGAAGAAGCGGAUCGGGUUCAAGCUCGACGCGAAGGUCUUUGA